AUGGCAGACGAAGAGGACCUCGAAGAGUUCGUAGACACUGAGGAACCAGAAUCUGAUGAUUCAGUCACUCCAACUGAAUCAGAGAAUCUAACGAGCCACGAAAAAUCCCGGACUACAACUGAAAGAUCUAAGACAGAAUCUAUAACCUUAACAAGUGCAGCAAGUGUAAGACAAACAAGUGCCACAGUAUCUCAAAAUGGCAAAAAAGGUCUCGAAGCAUUGGAAGAGACGUCCAAAAGUGACGAAGGCAUCAUCAGAUCCCAGGGAAUUUCAAAAACUAGCAAGCAAAGUUCCCUAGACCAGCUGGCAGAGAAAGUAUCAGUUCAGAAAUCAAAGUUCGCUAAGUGUUAUCGCCAGUGCAAUCGUCAAUUUCGAGAGAUAAUUGGCAAAAGAGAGAUGAGGAAUGAGGAACUGGAAAAGCAACAGGGUGAUCUUCGAGAACGUUUGAACAUAUUGGAGUGUUCCAUGCCAGCAGUGAUGGUUUGGAACGUUUGGAGGAUGACAAAGGGAACUGGGGUUCCCAGCCUGAAGAAACUUUUGGAGAAGCAGUUCGAGGGACCUGCUGCAGGGGAAGAGUACUGUCCGAGUACUCCCAGUCGACACUUCGACUGCAGAGUCAGAGAAGCUGAAGCAGAGAGGAAGCAAGCGUAUAAAAGGACUGAAGAGGCUAGGACACUUUGGUCUCAGAAGAUGGCUACCCUGGAGGAGAAGGAAAAGAGGGUGCAAGAGGCGAGGAAGCUUCAAGAGGAGCAGAGGAAGAGGAUCGAGCAGCUGACCAGCGAGGCGCAGAAGCUGAGGGAGGCUAGAAAGGCUGCUGAGGAUGACGGCUCUUGCGAAGCUGGAGAAUGCAGUGUCCUGGAGUGUAAGAAGAAAUGGCUGGAGAAGGUACCCAGCAGUGGGUCAAUCAAGUCCACAGACGUCGAAUGUCUGGAGAAGCUGCAGGAGCUAGCAGAAGCGGAGCUGAGCAUGAAAAGGCAGAUCGCCGAUUUGGAGCGUCGAGAGGGGGCUUACAUGAGGACACUCCAGCAGGCGGACGAGCUCUGGGCGAAGCUGGAAGAGGACGCAGCUAGCUCUAUGAGCGGCCUGCAGGAACAGCUGGGAACGAAAACCGCGGCGAAUCAACAGAUGGCGAAUCGCAUCUGUCAGUUAGAGGAUGAGCUGGAGAAACUAGGGUCCAGGUUGGCGACUUGCAGGAACGAGCUAGAAAAGUAUCUGAGCAGAGGCAAGAUAGAAGCUUUGAUAGGCAGGGAUGACGACUUUGCUACUGUCAGUGACUCAGCAGCAGUGGCAGGAGUCAGGAAGAAAGACACUACGACGCCAACUCAGUCAGACAUGGUGGAUGAAAUAGAGGCACUAAAAUCGAGAUUAGCCACUUGUAGAAGCGAGCUAGAGAAGUACCUGAGCAUAGGCAAGAUAGAAGCUCUAAUUGGCAGGGAUGACGACUUUGCUACUGUCGCUGAUACAUCAGCUGUUGCUGGUGUCCCAACGAAGGACACUAUGAUGUCAGCUCAUCCGGACAUCCAUGAUACUGGACUAGGCAUUCGCCCAGAAGAUUUUGCAAGAGAAGAAGCUGAAACGGAAGAAGUUAGGAAGUUGCUGGCUCAGUUGGGCUCUUUGUCUGAGUUGGAUGAUCCAGGGAGAUUUUGCUCCCCAGAUUUUGAUUGCAAUGAUCUGCAGUUAUCUACUACAGGAUUGACGGAGGAAGAGAAGUUAGCUCUACAGGAAAAUCGCGUCACUGCCAGGGAGCUGCUGGAAAAGUGUGGCUUGCUUGAAAUUGCUGAGCAGAUGACGGAUGAACCUGUGCAAUAUCGGAUGGUAGCCAAAUCUGAAGCUUCCGAGAGUUUUGUUGCUACUUCGGCCAGGGAGACUUUGCCAUCUAGGACUGCGACAGAGGAAGAUUUGGAAGAUGAAAGAUUGGAAAGAGAGGUCUUCUAUGAGGAUAUUGAACCUGGGAAGAUUGAAGGUGACGAUCAGCUGAAUGAUAAGAGGAAGCUUAAGGAAAGUAGCAUGGUUUCAGAGAAAAUGGAGAAUGCCUCGGUACCUUUAGAUCAACUAUCGAAUUGGCAGAACAUGGUGCACUCUAUUCGUUCGAAAAUAGCAAAUUGUCCAGACUGCAGUGUCCUAAAGGAGGAUGCACGAAUCCUUGCAGAGGAGCUAGCAGCAUACACUGGUAAAAAGAUGAAAAUUGAGGUAGAAGAGGAAGUAUUCUUGGAAGUUAAAGACGACGAGAGGAAUGAGUUGGCUGAGAGGGAAGUUGAAAUGAAAUUCGUCACAGAAAAGGCUGCCGAGCCACUAUCCGGCGAGAUGGAGAAAGCGGCGGAGGGGGGCCAGAUAGCUCCAGAGGUAGAACUUGAACCGCGCGAGGCGAAAAAAGAAGUAGAGGAAGCUCGAGCAACGAUACCAGAACCUAAGGGAUCAGUUAUCGAAGCGAGGCCACUUGCGGAGGUCGUAGAAGGAGGUGCUGAAGAGCGUAUGGAACGGGAUCCCAGGACACCACUUCCGGAGGAUAUCGUUGAAGUGAAUGAUGAAGUGAAACCUGAAGUAGGUGGUAAAGCAAUGGAAUCGCCGACGGAGAUCGCAGACGACGUUCGGGAACUGCCAGUGACCGAGGAAAAGAAAGCUGAAGUCGAAAAGAAAACUACUGAAGAGACAUUGCCACCUGACAUUGAAACUAAGGUGCAGAAGACAGCAGAUGCAGUUCUUGAAGAGAAAGCAAUUAAGCCUAAAGUUGUGGAAGUAGAAGGAACGAUUAAAGAAAAAGAGGUGAUAAUUGAUAAGGAAUUAGGAAAGACAGAAGAUUUGGUAGAAAGGAAGGAAGUGAAAAAGGAAGUGAUCGGUAAAGAAAAGGAGAUAGAAGUUGAUGAGGUAGUGAAAGUGGAAAGGAAAAUGGAUGAAUCUCUAAGAGAAGAGGUGGAAAAGACAGUGAAACUAGAAAAAGAAAUAGUGAUAGAAGAAGAAGUUAAAGAAGCAAAAGUGAAGGAGGCUAAAGAGGAAUUGAGAGACAAAGAAGCUGAGGUUGAAAAAGAAGAAAUACCAGUUGAUGAAAGAGUUGUAUCGGUGAAAGAAGUAAUUGUAGAAGUUGAAGAAAAAGAAAUGUCAGAAGAAAAGGAAAUAAAAGUAGAUAUAAUCCCAGAAAAAGAAAUAACAAAGGUUGAAGAGGAAGUAAUUUCAGAGAAAGAAAUAGAAGUAGAUGUAACUCCAGUAGAAGAAACAUUGCAGCCUGAAGAAGAAGAACUAGAAGUAGUUGUUGCUCCUUUUGAAGAAAUAGAGAAACCUGAAGAAGUUAUACCAAAGGAAGAACUAGGAGUAGUUGUUGCUCCCAUUGAAGAAAUAGAGAAACCUGAAGAAAUUCUACCAGAGGAAGAACUAGAAGUAGUUGUUGCUCCUAUUGAAGAAAUAGAGAAACUUGAAGAAAUUCUACCAAAGGAAGAAGAAAUUAAAGUAACCACAACUCCAGCAGAAGAAAUACCAAAGACUGAAGAAGAAGAAAUGCCACCAGAGGAAGAAGAAAUAGAAAUACCUAUAGAAGCAGAUGCUGAAGAGGAAAUAGAUGUGGAAGUACUAGAGGCGGAGAGAGUAGAAUUUGAAGUGAAGGUAUUAGAGGAAGUAAAAGUGACUCAGUUAGAAGUCGAAAUUGAAAUUGGAAAAGUCGAAGUACCCGACGAAAUAAAAGAAGAAAGGAAGGAACCCCCUCCAAAAGAAGAGGAGAUUGAAAUCAGCAUUGACGAAGAAUGUGUCUGUGAUGAGAUUCCCGGUGUAGAAGCUCCAUUAGAAGCGGAAGACCUUUUUCCCUCAAUGGCUGAAGAAUUUCCUGAUCCAGUCAAAGCAGAACAGCUUACACCCAUUUGUACUUGCAUGCCGGAACCCCCUAUUGCGCCAGUGGAGAAAAUAGAACGAGAAGAAACAGAGAAGUCGAAACAUCCCUCAGUUACAAAGGGACACCUAAAGAUGGAAGUCACUCAAACAGAGCCCACUCAAAUGGAAACCAGCAAAGUCACCACCCAAGCAAUAACCCAAACAGUAGUUGACAUUGGGAUGCAAACGCAGCCAUCGGCAAAAUUGCUUAGACACCCGCAGCAGCCCAGAAUCGUCACCAGAAUUAUUGACCCAGAACCAGAGAUUCUAGAGCGUCUAACUCGCUGGAGAGAAUCCCAACAGCCUACCACAACCACUACCACUGCCACGUCUCAGACAGAGAAGUCCAGCUUCCUUCGAAUUCUUCAAACCCUAAGAUCAAGCGGAGCUUACUCUAAGCUUGAGUCUGAGAAGGAACUGAAAUCCAUUCAUUAUCAGAAGAUGAAGAGAACUGCGGAGGCAGAGGCACGUUGCAACUGUUGUUUAUGUGGGAAAACAGUGCCAGACACUAUUCCAUGUGAAAAGCCACUGGAAGCUCAAACUUCAUCCGUGAUGAGACUAUUACAGGCUUUGCCCCUCUUGGGCAAGGCUGCGCCUGGAGUGGACCAGGCUGUGCAGCAUGAAUCAUUUUGUCCUGAAUGCAAGCUCAAGAAGCUUGGGUUUCAGCCAAAGGUGACUCAGACCACUCGUGAUCAAGAGGUGAACGUCUGUGGACCAACAAUGAAGAGACUCUCAGCUACGAGACCAAAACAGAAAUCAGAUGAAAGUUGUAUGGCGAGAAUCAGGGUUGAAAAAUUUGUGCAAAGGGAGUUAGUGGUUCAGAAGAUGAGUGUAACGAAGAGUGUACAGGAAACAACAGUCGCUACGUCAGUAAAGGACGCAGAGGACACAGUUGAGGAUGAAAAGGAGCAGGAAGAGUAUAAAGACUCAGUGGACUGCAUGUGUAGCUCAAUGGGGAGUGAGACUGGUGGUGGGAGGAGAGUGCGUUGUGGAUGUGGAGAUCCUGAUUGA